GAUCCACUUUGGCUGGAUCAUAUUUCCAAGAUUGUUGGAUGAGGGAAGUUAUAUAAUCUGAAAAACUAUGCAAAUUUGGAACUGACAAAAAUGAGAUAAAAGCAACAUAGAUAAGUUUUUUUAAAAAAGGUUCAGUUUGAGAAAAUAUCACUUUAAGAAAGACUCAGGCUUAUUUAUCAUUUUUUUACAGCAUAGAUGGGGACAAGCUUCAAUUAUUGGAUUUAUGGUUUAAGGGAGUGUUAUCAAAGUCGAAGUAUGAAUGUAUAGUGUCAUCUAAAGGGAAAAGGACAACAAGAAAUAAAAAUCAACAGGAAAUAGAUGUGAGAUUCAGAUAAUAGUUCUAGUAGUUGUGCGUCUAGGAUGUGUUUAUUAGCAUAGAUUUGUUUUAUGUUAGGGUGAUUGUCUUAGAUAUACAGUAGAAUCUCACUUAUCCAACACUCACUUAUCCAAUGUUCUGGAUUAUCAAACGCAUUUUUGUAGUCAAUAUUUUCAAUACAUCGUGAUAUUUUGGUGCUAAAUUCGUAAAUACAGUAAUUACAAAAUAGCAUUACUGUGUAUUGAACUACUUUUUCUGUCAAAUUUGUUGUAUAACAUGAUGUUUUGGUGCUUAAUUUGUAAAAUCAUAACCUAAUUUAAUGUUUAAUAGGCGUUUCCUUGAUCUCUCCUUAUCCAACAUAGUCACUUAUCCAACAUUCUGCCAGCCUGUUUAUGUUGGAUAAGCGAGACUCUACUGUAGUUGUGUUGUUUGUUAUAGUUUUGUAUUGUAUUGUCUUCUAUUGUUUCUAUUUUCUAUAUUUUUAUUUUCUUUCUCUAUUUAUGAAUAAAAAUAAUUUUUAAAAACCACCACAAUGUGGCCAAAUCAAAUUUCUCAGAUGAUCAGAUGGGGAAUGUUAUUCUUUUAAGCAGAACCCAACCAUUGCUUCCCAGAUUCUGUUUUUAGCAUGCAUGUUAAGUGGACUGCAAAUGAGGCAACUGGCACCCUUCCAAAGCGUAGUGAAUUCACACACGCUGCAAGCAACAGAGUGGAAAUGACUGCUAAUUUGGGCGCAGCUCCGAACACGAACAAAUCUGAUAAUUAAGCCAACCCCAGCUGUGGCGGAUAUGUUGGCAGGCCUGUACUUGUGAGUUUAGCCUGCAGCAAACUAGUUGCACCUGAUUGUCCAGUCUCACUUUUGGAAACUUGGGAGUUGCCAGUAGACAACUAUCAGCACAGAUCCUGGGACUGUGAGUAGCAUCUCAUUCCACUUCUGUUGGUUUGGAGAAGACACCAGCGCUUGGAUAUAUAGCUGAUGAGGAACCCGGCAAUGAAAACUCCACCAUUGUUCAUCUUUUCUUCAAGAAGACCUAUGGAAUAACACAGCUGAAUCCUCUUUGAUACAUUCUCUCUUUCUCCCCCUCUCCAUAUAAAAAGGGAUGGACCAAUUCAUCCGGAAACACUUGACUUUCCUCCAUACCUUCUGGAACAAAUGUUUGCCCAAUGCCUCUCCCAAUAACCACUCCUUGGAUUUUUGGGAGCCCAUCCCGGAAGAAUCCCUGCACCCCACUCUGGACCCCGACCCUGCAGAGCCGCCUUUCUCCCUCUUUGACGUCCUCUACGACUUCACCGCCAGAAGCACAGAGGAGCUGAGUGUCAACCGAGGAGAGAAGCUUUGUGUCCUCAAAGAAGAAGGAGGAUAUGUCUUGGCCCGGCGGCUUUCUGGAGAUCCACUCGUGGGCUAUGUCCCGGCAAAUUAUAUCAGCAAGAUCUGCCGGGAAAGUGCUGCCCAACAGCCUUGGUACCUAAGUGGCAUCAGUCGGAACAAAGCCAGCCUCCUUCUUCUCUCUCCUCCUAAUCGUCAUGGCUCCUUCCUCAUUCGGGACAGCGAGAGCAACAAAGGGGAACAUUCCCUCUCAGUUCGGAAUCAUUCCAAAGUGCGGCACUUCAGGAUCUACAAGGACCCCGGAGGAGGAUUUUACUUAGAAAAGGGGCACACGUUUCCCACUCUGGCACAGCUCCUUUCCUAUUACACAGUCAACUGGAAGGUCAUACAGAGCCCUCUGCUUCAGCCCUGCACCCAAAAGAGAUUUCAGAAUUGUAAUCCAAAAAGUCCAGAAUGUAAUGCUGGUAAUGUAAUGCUGCGGACUCCAGAGACAGACCAAUGGGAGCGGCCUCGUUCUGAAUUCCAGCUCUGGCGGAAGAUGGGAGAAGGAUGCUUUGGAGAGGUGUGGGAAGGAAUGUGGAAGAACACAGUGCCAGUGGCCAUCAAAAUCAUGAAGCAAGCGGACAUGAGAGAUGACUUUGCCAAAGAGAUCCAGAACUUGAAAAGCCUAAAGCACACGAGGCUCAUCAAACUCCUCGCGAUCUGCUCCGUGGGCGAACCGGUCUACAUCGUUACCGAGCUGAUGAGGAAGGGCAACUUACACAGCUACCUCAACUCUGUUGCAGGGAAGGAACUGACAACCCAUCACCUGCUCAGCAUUUCUUGCCAAGUGGCUGAUGGGAUGACCUACCUGGAGGAGCAGCACGUUGUCCAUCGAGAUUUAGCUGCCAGAAACAUCCUGGUGGGAGAUGACCUUGCCUGUAAAAUAGCUGAUUUCGGCCUCGCCAGGCUCCUAAAGGAUGAUAUUUACUCCACCAGCAGCAACACGAUGAUUCCCGUGAAAUGGACAGCACCCGAAGCAGCCAUCUACCAGACCUAUUCCCCCAAAUCAGAUGUCUGGUCUUAUGGGAUUCUUCUCUAUGAGGUUUUCACAUAUGGGCAGUGUCCCUACGAAGGGAUGACCAACCAAGAAACCAUCCAGCAGAUUACGCGGGGUUACCGCCUUCCUCGUCCGAACAGCUGCUCUCCGGAGAUUUACAGCGUGAUGCUGGAGUGCUGGAAGAGCCACCCGGAAGACAGGCCCAGCUUUCUCACCUUGAGGGAGUCCCUCUUCUCUAUUUACAAAUGGGGACAUCACCCGUUUUCUUGAAUGGGGAGACUGCAUACACAGACUGUGAGUUUUAUCUCCUCUCUGGGAUUAGCUGCUAGGAAUAGGCAACUCAUUGCCUGGAAUAACCAGCUCGAGUGAGCCUUGGCCUCCAAGAACCUUUGUGCUUUUGAAGCUGGAAUGGGUGAAGAAGACCUUACUCUUUCCUUCUGCCUUGCGAUGAGUCCCGUUUUGGCUUUGCUGGCUGCGUUUCCCAGAAGAUAAUCCACUAUUGAUGCUGCCUGCGGCCAAGAUGUUAUUGUGACGAGAAACAGAAAAAGCAGUUUCCUCCUCUUUGGACAGCUGUGGACUGCUUCCCUUGCUGUGGGCGCCAGUAGGAUUUAAUUAUUCAAUAAAAACACGUACAAAAUAAA